GCAUUUUUUACAUUUUUUACAACUUAAAUGAUCCAUUUAAAAAAUCAAACAAAAAAUUUGAGUAGUUUAUAUCAUCAAGGUUCUAAUUACAAUAAAAUAAAAGUUUAUAACUUUAAUUUAAUGCAAUAAAAGAUUAAGGGUUUGUUUGCAUUUUAAAAUAAAGUUUAAGGGCUUAUUUGGGUAUUAGACCAUUUUAUUAUUACUUCUCCCCUGGGCUUUCUACUAUGAGGAUACAUUUACCAACUUAACCAUAACAGUCCAAAAGACACCUUCAGUAGUACUUCUAAUGGUUAACUGGAGCUUUCUUUUCUGAGCCUCAUGGCAAUAUGUUCAUGCCAAAGACAGCAGGAAACAUUGAUGUUGACUCUGAAAGACCACAUUACUCAAGUAGAGUUUCUACAAAAUUUGAUGUCAUUUUCGAUUAAUACACCACUUGUCGAUCCAUGUAUGAGAUAGCCAGUACUAAUUUGCUUCUAUAUAAGUGAAGGCAAACUUGAACAUGUUGCUCACAGCAAAGAGAUUGAAAUAAACCAUAAGAAAAAAAAAAGGAAAAAAAAAAUACUAAGAUGGCUAGGGUUCUUUGCAAGCGUCUUCUUGUUGUUGCUAUUUUCCUCUUUUUCUUCAUCUCCACAACGGCUAGAGCAAGAAAUAUGCCAGUGGCUAAGGAAACUCAGAAAGUCCAUGAUGAUCGGGUGCAUAUAACAGCAACAGAAGAUCAUGGAGCGCCUAAUAUUAAUGUUGAUGAGUUAGUAUCUAUGGACUACACUCCAGCAACCAGGAAGCCUCCAAUCCAUAACUAAUUAGCAAAAUUUUGUAAAACAAGUUCUAGCUAGUUUAGUUCUUGUUUCCUUUUUCUUAACUUUAUAAAUUUGAGUGUACACAUUUAUGCAUAGUAAGAAGGAUAAAACGAUGAAAAAAAUUAUUUACAAAUAUGACCAGAAUCGUAGACAUUCACAUACCUCUAGGGUUUAUGCAAUUUUUUUUUUUUUUUGUAAAUAAGUCAUGCAAGUUUUCAAUAUAUAGUAGCUAUAGAGAUGCCUUGGAUUGUAUCAGGAUCUUUUAGUAAUGGAGACAUAAAA